GGGCCCAGUUGGUUAAAAGAUUAGAAAGACAAACAGAUGACAGAUGGACUGAAACAAAUUGCAGAAAAAUCCAUUUACUCCCCACUCCAAACACAAAACUAUUGACAAAUAAGAACCCACAAAAUCCCCUCAAGAAAAGCCAAUUGGCCUAGUUUUGCCUCAUAUAAUGUCACCAGACAAAUGAACCUCCCAACCCCAAAUCAGAAUCUGACACCCAUGCAAUUUGGAUUUCUCCCAUUUACACCCAAAUAAAGUACUAAUGACCACAUUGAAUGCUGUAUUCCUCAAACAAAACAAACCUCAAUUUCCCCGUUCAAUUCUCAGUCUAUAUAGAGACCCAGAGAGACCCCCUACAAACCAGCAGGGGGAGACUUGAAAGACUUGUUUCCAAUUUAGAAAAGAAAACCCAUUGGAAUUACACUCUCAGAGCACUGAACAAAUCACCUGAAAAUGUUUCCUACCUUUUCUGUACUACUCUUUUCACUCUUGUUCUUGCUCAACUUGGCUACUAAUGCUGCCAUGGGAACAGAACUCAGGCCCGGAUUUUACUCCCAAUCCUGCCCGGAUGCAGAACUUGUUGUCCGGGACGUGAUCAAGAAAGCCAUGACUAGAGAACCCCGGAGCGCAGCCUCGGUCAUGCGGUUACAGUUUCAUGAUUGCUUUGUAAAUGUAAAGCCUAAAGUCUAAAGAUGCCAUUUUUAUGAAAUUUCCUCGUAUUGGGUUCCUGAUUCUUAUUUUUUAUUUAUUUAUUUUUUUUUUGGAAUUUAAUAAAAAUUUGAUCUGUUUAGGGGUGUGAUGCUUCUUUGUUGCUGGAUGACACGCCGGAGAUGAUUGGAGAAAAACUUGGUUUAUCGAACAUCAAUUCAUUGAGAUCAUUUGAGGUCCUGGAUGAAGCUAAGGCGGCCUUGGAAGCAGUCUGCCCUGGAGUUGUUUCUUGUGCUGAUAUUGUAAUCAUGGCUGCUAGAGAUGCAGUUGUUCUGACAGGAGGGCCAAACUGGGAAGUAAAAUUAGGCCGGCUUGACAGUUUGACCGCAAGAAUAGAAGAUUCAGACAACAUAAUGCCAAGUCCAAGAGCAAAUGCAAGCUACCUCAUUGAUCUUUUCAGCAAGUUCAAUCUCUCAGUGAAAGAUUUAGUGGCCCUUUCGGGCUCUCAUUCGAUCGGCAAGGGAAGGUGUUUUUCGAUAAUGUUUAGGCUUUACAACCAAUCAGGAACAGGGCGGCCAGACCCUGCCAUUGAACCAAGGUUUAGAGAAAAGUUAGACAAGCUUUGUCCACUCAAUGUGGACCAAAAUGUGACCGGAGAUUUGGACGCAACCCCUGAAGUUUUCGAUAACCAAUACUUCAAAGACUUGGCUAGCGGAAGAGGGUUUCUGAAUUCGGAUCAAACGCUGUAUACAUUUCCGCAAACUAGACCAUAUGUGAUGCUUUUCAAGGAUGACCAAAAGCUGUUUUUUGAUGCCUUUGUGGAAGGAAUGAUAAAAAUGGGGGAUCUGCAAUCAGGACGCCCGGGCGAGAUCCGAAGGAAUUGUAGGGUUGUUAACUCUAGGCUAGUAAACAUAUUGUUAGAGUCUCCAAGAAAUAGAUGAAGCCAAAAGACAUGGAUCAAUGAUUGAGUAUAAUGUUAGGCCAAUUUGAGAACUUAUCACUAGCUAUCUAUAUUGUACCCACAUAGAUGUUUGUUGGUCCAGCCUCUCUCCACAGCAUGUGUUUAGUGACUUCAGUUCGGUGCUUAGAUUGAUUACAUUACCUUGUGUGUUACAAAAUUUUGCUACUCUAACCGAUAACUAGUUUUUGGCGAUUAGAUUAACAAUAACCAGAAUGGGGAUCAUAGUUUUAUCAACUUUUCUAUAUUUAGUUAGAGAAACAUUGUUAGAGGCUCCUCUGCCUUCUGACACUUUUUUCAUCUGCAAAUAAAUUCUCAGAUUCUGAGAAACAAAUCACAGAUGCAGAACAGAGUGGUUAUUGAAUAGUGAAUCUGCAGGUCCCAAUAAUAUACCCAAAUGAACUGAAUCAUUGAGCCAAACGGGGCACUGUUGUUGAAGG